AUGACGUCUUGGAUACUACUUCUCCCGCUGCUGCUGCUGUCUCUGUCCGAGGCUGAUGCACGGCUAAGGUCUCAGUUUAGUCGGUAUCGCUCCUGGAACACACGCAUGUAUCCGGCCUGGAGAGACGGAGACCCCCGCUUUAGAAACUGCUGGAGAGGCGGGAAUGUGACCUUUGACUUGAAGAACGAUGCUCCGACUCUGACUGGAGCCAAAGUCUCUUUCAGCAUCAACUUAAACUUUCCCUCAAACCAAACGGUGCUCUCAGACGGGACAGUGGUGUGGGCCCAGAACUGCACUGUGGACGGACAGCAGUUCCAGGCCGGACAGUCUGUUUACCCAGAGGCUCAGGGGGCAGCAGUGUUUCCUGAUGGGACCCCAAUCAGAGGCCAGAGGCGCCCACAGAAAUACAUCUACGUGUGGAAGACCUGGGGUCGGUUCUGGCAGGUGGCAGACGGCCCCUCCUCGUCUCUGUCCAUCAGCACUGAGAACAUCCCCAUGGGCUCCUACAACAUGGAGCUGGUCAUCUACCACCAGAGAGGAAAGGACAACUUCAUCCCCCUGGGCUAUGCCUCCUCCAUGUUCGCCAUCACCGACCAGGUCCCCUUCACCAUCUCCAUGAGCCAAGUGAACGACCUGAACGCCCAGGACCAGAGCUUCAUCCAGAACCGCGCCGUGGCCUUUAGCGUCAAUCUGCACGACCCGAGCCAGUACCUGGGAUCUGCGGACCUAAGCUUCACCUGGGACUUCGGGGACAACACGGGCACGCUGAUCUCCAGGGAGCGCACGGUCACACACACCUACCAGAGCGUGGGCGCGUUCAGGCCUCAGGUCAUCCUCAUGGCCAGCAUCCCCACCUGCGGAGUGCCCACUGCAGUGGUCCCAGUGGAUUCCUCUGCGUCGCCUGUUGUGGUGGUGGUCAGUCCAGCUGCUGUCCCUGAUGCCGAGGCUCCUGCUGUGGACACAGCUGUCGUCCCUGAGACCGACACGACAGUCGACGAUGCUAACGCCGAUGCUACAGCUGAUGCCAACGCAGUUGAAGCAGCGGUGGAGGAGGCUGCAGUGGUCGACACUGAGGCGGCUGAAGAUGUUGCUAUGGUUGAAACUGUAGAGACUGAGGACACCGUGGACACAGCUGUAGCUGAAGCCGAGGCCACAGAAGUUGCUGAUGCGGAGGCUGCUCCUGCUACAGAGGAGGCUGAAGCUGCUGUAGAGGCUGAAGCAGAGGUGGUGGAGACAGAAGCAGAGGUGGAAGCUGACAACACGGUGGCUGCCACUGUUGCUGCAGAGCCCGUGGCUGAGGCUGAGGUCCCUCUGGUCAUCGCCAAACGCCAAGCCCCUGAGCUGACCGCAGACUGCACUGUGUACCGCUACGGCUCCCUCGCCACCGCAGUCCAGGUCGUGCAGGGCAUAGAGAGCGUGGAGAUCGUGCAGGUGUCUAACGUUGUGUCUUUGUCGACGGAGUUGGAGCAGAACGCUGUGGACGUGACAAUCUCGUGUCAGGGAAGUCUGCCCAGUGAGGUGUGUACAGUGGUGUCUGAUGCUGACUGCCUCACUCCGGUCCAGACCCUCUGCUCUGCGGCCGCUCCCUCCCCGGACUGUCAGCUCGUCCUGCGACAGUUCUUCAACGAGACCGGAGUCUUCUGCCUCAACGUGUCCCUCACCAACGACGUGAGCCUCGCCGUGACCAGCGCCCGAGUCAACGUCAACACAGUGAGCUCUGGGUCUCCUGCUGGGACCGCGGCUACCGUUCUGGGGCUGAUGGCUCUGGCCUGUGUGCUCUGCUGCGCCGGCCUCAUGUACAGGCGCCUGAAGCAGUACCAGCCGCUGCAGGAAGAGGGCAGCGCAGCCUCAGCUCGUAGCUCAGUGCCCAUGCUGCUGUGGAACCUCCUGACCCGACAGAGUCCUGGGGAGAGGAGCCCGCUGCUGCAGGGCCGUAUCGUUUAG